UCUUUGACCAAGAAAAGCAACAUGAGAGUUCUGGUUCUUUUGGCAGUGCUGGGAGUGUGCUCGGCCGCCCCCUUCAUCGGGGACACGCCCGAAGUGCAGGCUGAGAAAGCGCGGUUCUUCCAAGCGUUCCGCGCUGCUCAGGCUGCUGCCGCUCCCCAGCAGGCCGUCUAUCACCAGGCUGCUCCUGUGCAGGCCAAGUGGACUGGACCAGUUGCUGCCACCAUCCCCGCCGGCGUCGACGGCACCGUCACCCCCGUGGGCGACACCGCAGAGGUUGCUGCCGCCCGCAACGCCUUCCUCAACGCCUACCGCGCCCAGGUUGCAGCCACGGUCGGCUCUGCCCCCGUCGUCUACUCCCCCGCCCCAGUCUACAACGCCAUCCCAGCCGUGCCCCAGCAGGUGUUCCAGCAGACCUUCCAUCAGGCCGCCCCCGUGCAGGCCAAGUGGACCGGCCCCGUGGCAGCCACCGUGCCCGCCGGACUCCCAGGCUCCGCCCCUCAGGUCGCCGACACCGCCGAAGUCGCAGCCGCCAAGCAGGCCUUCUUCAACACGUACCGACAGCAGGCAGCAGCUGCGGCAGCCCCCUCGGCCCACUACUUCUAGGUCGUCCUGUGAUAAUCACAUUAUAUAAAAAAAUGUAUAAAAGUCCAUAACAGUUCAACGUAAAAUAAAAUUAUAUUUGUA